AUGAACGGUGGCGAGGGAGACAAAACGUUGCCCAUAGCAAAUGUGGGUAGAAUAAUGAAGCAAAAUCUUCCUCCCAAGGCAAAGAUCUCAAAAGAAAGCAAAGAACUGAUGCAAGAGUGUGCGACAGAGUUCAUAAGUUUCGUGACAGGUGAAGCAUCUGACAAGUGUCACAAGGAGAAUCGAAAGACAGUUAGUGGAGACGACAUCUGUUGGGCUCUGUGUUCGUUAGGGUUUGACAACUAUGCUGAAGCCAUUGGAAGGUACUUGUAUAAAUACAGACAAGCUGAACUUGUUAAAAUCAAUCUGAACAAACUUGAAACCGCAAAAGACAAGUUUGAACAAGAUUCAACAAAUCCAUAA